AUGAGUUCUGAUUUUUUCCUUAAUUAGGAACAUAAUUACUAGGGAGAAGAACAUCAUGAUGAAUCAAAUAAUUGGUAAUUUAGAGGACCAAUUCGAUUUACAUUCAAAAUUGAUCCUUUGGAAGAUGGGGAUUGCACAGUGAAACCACCAACAGUUGGAAGUUAAUAUAUGGAUAAUUCAAUUUCAUAAUAAUCACAAUAACUGGAAUAGAUAAACAGUCCAAAAGUAGUUUAGUUUUCGCCUCCAGACUCAAUAAUAGAGGAUAUCCCUUUAUUUUCCACACAGAAGCAAGAGCUAUAAAAGGGUACUAAAGAUUUCAAAGAUCGACCACGAACAAAUACAACGCAAAAUGAAUUUAUGAAGAACUUUUUAAAAGCUGUUAUAGCAAAAAGUUAUUCCAAUCGUUUUAUUGAAAACAUGCUACAAAAGUCAUAUGUAAAGUAACCUUUUCAUUUUUCUCAAUUUUAAAAUUCUUUGAUGGAUGAUCUCAGAUAUAUUUAUUAGCACAACAAAUCUUCACAACAUUGGUUGAGUGCGAUUUGUAAGCACUUAAGAUUUUUUCCAAUUUUGGAUUAAAGCAGCUAUUUAGUGAUUGGAUGGUAAAUAAUCUACAUUUUAACAAUAAUUACAGUAUUUUUUUGGACUCCAUUUAACAUAGCCUUUGGUAUCACAUAUCAAUAAAUUGUGUUUGGUGGACUAUCAGUUAAAAAUGUGGAAAGUUAUUUUCUAAUCACAAUAUUAUUUGACGUAUUGGUUGUUAUAAAUACAUCCUAUAUAGAGAAGGGAAUAAUAAUAAAAUCAAGGAGAUAAAUAUUUACAAAUUAUUUGGCAGGACAAGCAGUUUAUGAUUUAUUUUCAUUUUGUGCCCUUUUGAUUGCAAUAGAAUUUGAAAUUGAAACUUCAAGUGAAAAAUUAGGGUGGUAAUUGUGUCCAUAUUGUUUAUACUAUUGUUGUCGAUUGUUUAAAUUACAAGAACGAGUACAUAAAUUGGAAGAGUUUUUCAAUCUCAAUGCAUCCUAUUAAGAUUUUAUCGAAUUAAUUAAACUACUUUUUAUGGUCUUGUACGUAGGACAUCUAUUUGCUUGUUUAUGGCAUGGCGUUGCUUUUUAUUAAAAGGGUUAUCGAUAAACUUGGAUAGAUGUAUAUGUGAAUGAGUCUGAUAUGUUUUCAGUGUACAAUUAUGCAUUCUAUUGGGCAGUACAAACUAUGAUCACUGUAGGAUAUGGCGAUAUAACUCCAUAAAACAAUGCAGAAAGAAUGUGUGCAAAUAUUAGUAUGUUUUUAGCAUGUGGAGUCUUUGCUUUCUCAUUCAAUUCCAUAGGUUUAAUGCUAAGCAAUCUCAAUUCUAGGUAGGUCUUAUAUAAAAAAAGCAUCAACUUGUUAAAUUAAUAUUUGGUUAAGAAUCAAAUUAAAAUUGAUUUGCAAUCACGAAUUAGAAACUACUAUGAUUAUAUAUUUCAAGAGGAACAAGAAAUCAACGAUGAAGAAGUUUCUCAAAUUACAGCAAAGUUAUCAAGUAGCCUUUAAGAGGAACUUAAUUUUGAGAUUCGUUACAACGUGAUGAAAACUAACAAAGUCCUAACCAAGUUCUCCUAAAAGGUCUUGAAGCAGUUGUCACUUCAAAUUGAAGAAGUAAGGUUUUCACCAGAGGAUCAAAUAUUAUAAUAAGGUAUUUGUGAUGAUGCUGCCUUGUAUAUAAUUACCAAAGGAAAUGUGUGUAUUUAAUUUCAAGAUGAAAACAAAGGAAGCAACACAAGAGCCCUAUCAAAUCUAACCAAGGGAUAAUCCUUUGGCGAGUAUUCAUUUUUCACAGGAAUGAAUAGAACUGCAACUGCUAAAAGCUUAGGAUUUUCAAGAGCCUACAAAAUAACCAGACAAUAAUUACUGAUUGUAUUAGCUUAAUCUCCCCUUGACUUGGAAAGAUAUUCCGAAGUCAGAGAUAGCAUUCUACUCUCCAGUAAUUAUCAACCCUCUAAAUUAAGUUGUUAUUCUUGUAAAAAGUUCACACAUCUCAUCAAAGAUUGUCCAGUCUUACAUUAUGUAGCAGAUCAAGAACGAGUCUUAAAAAAAGAGUAUUUCCCAAUAUACCAAGACAGAAGUCAGAAAUUUAAAAGGAAAUACGAACGCAAAAGGUUUGAAACUUUGAAAGAAUGCAAAAAAACUAUGGUAUUAGUCAGGGAUUUCUAAACCAAAUAAGUUUUAGAUAAUGUGACAGUCAUGGAUGAUGAAUUAGAUGUAUCAUAUGAUGAUAAUGAAUUAGAUAUAUCUCCCCCAGAAUAUUCAUCUCUUACUAAAAGCUUGUCAAAAAUCUCUAGAUAACAAUCUUAAAAUAGAAGUUAUUCAUAAGAUAAUCAUUUGUAACCUAUUUAAGAAAGUGAUAGUUCUAUGGAGAGCGCCAGUCCUAAUAAGCAAAGAGUCAAGUAAGUUAAAUAGACCUUACAAACGGCUGGAUUUGGUGUUAGCGAAUCACUUCAUAAUAGACUUGUUUCUAUUUAAGAAGAAUAGCUAACAGAAUCAAUUCAUGACAAGCCAUUAUAAAAUGCUGCCUAAUCUAAUCUUUAAAAAUUAGAAGAUUAUAAAUUUUCCAUGAAAAAUGAUUCCCUUGGACUCCCCACUCUGGCUGAAAAUGCAAGGUCAUCUGGCAGGAAGAUCACAUUGGUUCGUAAAUAAAAAAAAGAAGACUCAUAAAAACUAUUUUCAUCUUAAACCUAAGUUGAUUCAAGGGAGAGAGGUUAAUCAGCUCAAAAUUCAAAUAGGAAACCUAAAUUAAAGGAUAUCAGAGAAAUGUCAUAAGAAAUUGCAAUAAACCCAUCAGUAUAAUCGAUUGAUAAACGAGAUCAAUUAAGGAGAAAGACUACAAAAACUAAUAGGAGCAAAACUGCAAAAUCCCUCAAAACCAAAAUUUUAGAUAAUCACACACACACAUUAAAUUAAGAAUUGUCAAGUCCUAACUACGAUGAGUAACAUGUUUCUAUGGAAUUAGAGGGAUUUGAAGCAUUAAAGAAUUUCUAAUGUUAUUUUAGUUGGAAUAACCCAAAAGUGAUUGUUGCAAGAGCUAUGAGAACUUUAAAAAUGAACAUGGAUAAAAGGAAAAACUUUGGGAACAUCUUUUCAUUAUACACAUUCAAUAACUUGGCUAUGAAUAAGGCUUUAAGAAUUAAGAGGAAAUUAAAGUUGAUUGAUGAUCCUCCUAUUUAAACAACUGAUAUCAAAAAGGGACAUCCAUCAAAAUCCCCCAAAUAAACUAGAAUAAGCAUUAAGAGAAAUACUUCAACAUAGGAUGUUCUUGGUUUUCAACCUAAAAAACAAAUUUUGGAGUCAUAAAUUUAAGUUUAAGGACAUACAUUCAAUAAAAUUCAACGAAAUGAAUUUGAACUUAAAUGA